UUUUUAAUAAAAUCGUAUAUCAUUUAAUUAUUAUAUUUCCUUAAGAAAAAAAAAAAAAAAACAAUCACAUUGAAUCGUAUCAAAGUGAGAAAUUAUCGUAAGUUCAAAUAUCCCGCCGAACAUAUCUAUAUAGCCAAUCAUAAUGUCACGUGCUUUUUACUUGUUCGAACAGGCCAAGUAUAAAGUUGGCCACGAUGAUUAUAGCUGCAGUUCUACAUUCAUCUUUUCGCAUGUUGAAGUUCUGUCAGCAGUCUGUUUUAUUCCUUCUAUGAAACGUUUAACUGAAAAAGUAAUUAUUGAAUUUGUAAAAACGCAUCAAUAUAUUAAAAAUUUAGUGGGGGAUUUAUUUUUGAAAAUUUUCGUUAGAAUGGAGAGUUCUCAUAUUAUCGAAAGUGUGGAUUGUGAUAGUACGACAAAACCGAAAGAUAGGUUAGUUAAUUUAUUGGAUCAAAUAGAAUUACAUGUAGAACAACUUCGAAGAGAUGCCUGGAGACUUGAAGAAGAGAAGGAUACAUUAUUAAGUACUUUAGAUACCAUUAGAAACAACGAACUACUAGGUUCCUUGGAAGAACCAGACAAAGAUGACGUAUUACGAUAUGCAGAAAGAUUGUCUAUGCGAUGUUUAACCGUAGAUGUUUUAGUAAAGAUACAACGUGAUAAUGUGCAGCAGGAGGCAUUACAUCAAGUAAAUGGUUUAAUAGACAGUUUAAUUGUUAAUCUUCGUCAAGACCCUAGUGGAACUCGACAAAAAUGUGCUGCAUUUAUGAAUGCUUGUUCUUCUCAAGCGAUAGGUCAUUCGGACAAAAAUUUUGAAACUGCUAUCCUUGGAUGUACUUUAGAUGACCAAAAAAGAGUGAAGAAAAGAUUGCAAGGUUUAUUGGAUUAUAUUGAUAAAAUGCACACCAUUGAAUUUCAGUAAAAGAUCUAUGGUAUUAUGUAUAUUGCGAAUAUAUUGAUUUAUGCAUUUUCGUAAUAUGUGUUUUUAGUAAAAGUUCUGAUAUUGCAUAAAAUGAAUAUUAAAGAAGAUGCUUAAGUAAUCAUUUACAAUACAUGUAAUAAAAAUAUAAUUUCUCUCUGCAUUUGCUAUGAGUACGCGAUGAACAUUUCAUGAGUUAAGCAUCUUUAUUUUUAAUUGUUAAGAGAAGGUGAACUUAUUACAUUAUGUACUAUAAAAAAACUGAUUUUACGCAGCCUACGUUACAAUGAAUAGAAUUGAUGGUGUAUAUAUUAAUGUAUGUGCACUAACUUUAAGAUUGAUAUCAACAAUUCCAUUCGGUGUACAAGAAUAUUAUUAACAUAUGUGAUAUGCAAAGAAUUUUAUAAAGAAAUAAUAGCACAGGCCGGAGCUUCCUUACCUGCAACAUAAAUUAUAAAAUUAUGAUUAUACAUCAUAAUUACACGUGUAAAAACUUACAUUAAAGAAAACAAUAUAAAUAUGAUAAAAUAAACACACAAUAUAUUAUAUCAUGUACUAAAUUUUAGAAAUCAAGAAAUGAUUAUAUGUGUUUUAUCUGGUUUUAAUAUCUAUUAGUAAUUAGAAUAUAAUUAGAAUUUACAGAAAUUUUUUGUUUGAUGUAGAUAAAAAAAAAAGAAAAAAAAAAAAAUUAAUUUUAAUCAUUUGCUUGCAUAUAUACGAAAAGGUUGUUAUGGAAAAUUUCACAAAAUAUAUUGUUAUUUAAUUUAUUAUAUUUAUUUUUAAUUAAAUAUUUUUACUGAACACUCGAGUACAAUAUCUCGUUUUUCCGAUCUUUACGAGUUCAUGAUAUGAAUUGCAAUCGUAAGGUUAAAUAUUUUAUAUUGUUUUAACUUACACUUCGGCCUUUAUAUUUUUAAAUUAGAAAAUUUCCUAUUUUAUUUUUUGUAUCAUAUUUUUUAAGACUUAAUUAUUUAAUUGCCGCCCACGUGGUUUU